CUGGAAAUGGGCUCUGCAAAUGGGUUGGUCAGUGCCCAAGGGAAACAGCCUCUCCUUUCGUUUGGAAUUAUUUCAGAUGUCCAAUAUGCUGAUAUUCCUGAUGGCCGCUCGUUUAUCGGUGUUCCUCGGUAUUAUCGGCACAGCAUUCUUGUUUUGCAAAGGGCAGUUCAGAAAUGGAACAACCACCAGAAGCUUAAAUUUGUGAUCAACUUCGGGGACAUUGUUGAUGGAUUUUGCCCAAAAGACCAAUCUCUAAAUGCUGUCAAGAAAGUGGUUAAUGAAUUCCAGAUUUUCAAUGGUCCAGCCUAUCACAUGAUUGGCAAUCACUGCCUCUACAAUCUCCCUCGUGACAAGUUACUUCCUUUACUGAAAAUUCCUAGCGUUGAUGGCCAUGCAUACUAUGAUUUUUCUCCAAUUCCAGAGUACAGAUUUGUUGUGCUUGAUGGGUAUGAUAUCAGUGCCAUUGGUUGGCCUCAGGACCAUCCAAAAACAAUGCAGGCCUUGAAGUUUCUUAGGGAAAAGAAUCCAAAUUCAGAUAAAAAUAGUCCAGCAGGACUGGUUGGCCUUGAAAGACGAUUCCUUCUGUUUAAUGGAGCAGUUGGGAAGGAGCAGUUGGAAUGGUUGCAUGGUGUACUUGAGGAUGCAACAAAGGAAAAUCAGAAAGUAGUGGUCUGUUGCCAUCUCCCUUUAGACCCUGGUGCAUCAUCUGAAGAAGCUCUUUUGUGGAAUUACGAUGAAGUGAUGGAUGUAAUACACAGAUAUAAUUGUGUGAAGGUUUGCCUAGCCGGACACGAUCACAAAGGCGGACAGUCAAUUGACUCCCAUGGGGUACACCAUCGAGUCCUUGAAGCAGCCCUAGAGUGCCCUCCAGGCACGGAUUCAUUUGGGUACAUAGAUGUCUUUGAUGAUAGGUUAUCAGUUUUUGGUACUGAUCGAAUGAAGAGUACUGACAUGAUUUUCACUCUUUAAAUAUACCUGAGAAUAUUAGCAUGUAGAUUCCCACACUUUCUUGAAAAAUGGUGUGGACCUGUAAAUUAGUAGCAGCACCAUAAUAUUUACAUGAAAGAACACAAGUUAGUGGGGACCAAAUAUUGAACUGGGACCUUCUUGCAAGCAGUCAAUUAGCAGCCCACAGUUUGUACAGCAAGGAAUACCAGGGAUCCAAUUGAUUGCAAAAGUUUACGUGCAUAAAAAUUGUUGCCUAUUAUCAAAACCAAC